AUGCCUCCGACGAUUUCAAUCCCUCCCCGUAAUGGGAUGUUCCACACCUUCCAAGGCAUCACCCCUCAAAGGCCAUCAGUAGGAUCGCCGGACAGCCCAAAAACUUGCAGCUCGGGUAACAAGCGUAUUACCACUCCUCAUGCCUGUGCCGAGUGUAAAAGGCGCAAAAUCCGUUGCGAUGGCAAGCAACCCUGCGGCCAAUGCCUCUCCAGCCGCGCUCCCAAGCGGUGUUUCUACGACAAGCAUCGCCAGCGAGUUAUUCCCUCGAGAAAGACUCUCGAAGCUCUAUCCCAAUCUCGGGAGGAGUGUCGCUCUAUCCUAAAGCGCCUGUAUCCCAAUCAUGAGCCAUCCGCUCUUAUCCCUCUAUCCCGUCAGGAACUACUUGACCUAUUGGGGCCCCCUACAACCGAAUCAACCAUUGCCUUGCCUUCACCUCCUCUCAACUCUGCCCCAUUGAAACAAGAGAUUCCCUUGCGCCCGGAAACAGGGCUAGCUCUCCUUGAGCAGGUGCCUUCCCAUGGCUCCGAAUCAGACGAAGAGCGACGUGGCAGAGACCACAUUCCUGUCGAAGCCGACGAUGUCAACGCUCUUUCCCUCAACAUGGACCGACAAACAUCAUCAUAUCUUGGCGCAUCGUCCAUUAAAGCAGCUCUACUCGUCAUGCUCAAGGUUCAGCCGCAACUAAGAGACUCCCUAUCCCAACCCCUGACGAAUUUUGAAACGAUGAAUAAUCUUCCAUGUUUACAACAACGAAUCGUUCGCACCACAGAGAACUGCCGAGUUCCAUGGUCGUGGAAGGGACAAACUCUCAUUGAUGCAUAUUUCAAGCGAGUGCAUGUCUUCGUACCAAUGCUUGACGAACCCUCAUUCCGGGCCGACUGCCUCGGGGGACAGAGAUGUGACUCCCCUUGGCUCGGUCUUCUCAACAUGGUAUUUGCCAUGGGUAGUAUUGCGGCCAUGAAGUCGGAUGACUUCAGUCACAUCGAGUACUAUCACAAAGCAAUGGAACAUCUCACCAUUGACUCCUUAGGGAGCAGCCAUAUUGAAAUUGUUCAAGCACUCGCCCUCCUUGGAGGCUACUACUUGCACUAUGUUAACCGACCAAAUAUGGCGAAUGCAGUCCUCGGUGCUGCACUCAGAACCGCCAGCGCUUUGGGUCUACACCGUCAGUUCCAGACCCCUGGAUCCACUGAUGGUUCGACGGUAGAGGUUCGACGGCGCACUUGGUGGUCUUUGAUCUGCCUAGAUACAUGGGCUACCACGACACUAGGUCGACCUUCCUUGGGUCGAUGGGGUCCUGAGGUCAACAUUCGCCCACCUGAGGUUGGAAUUGAUGAGGGCCAUGAUUCUGCACAGCAUGUCGGCAUCCUCCCCCUUGUCGAGAACAUUAAAUUCUGCCAGAUUGCUACACAGGUCCAGGAUAUUCUUGCUGUUGCCCCCCUUCUUAAAAUUGAAGAUCGCAAGAACAUGGACGGUCAGCUUAUCAACUGGUACAACAAUCUCCCAUGGCUUCUCCGCAGCAACGACCCCUGUGCCGAGCCCCUUUACCUUUCUCGGUGUGUCAUGAAGUGGCGAUACCAGAAUCUACGCAUGCUCCUGCACCGUCCAAUCCUCCUCAGCAUGGCUUCCAACGGUGUCAAUAGCCAGGCUGGAGAACAUGAGAUCGCGGCUGUGGAGACCUGCCGGGAGCUGGCAAAAGCGACGAUCGAUGAAAUAUCCCGUGAGUGGGCACGGAACCAGAUGUCCGGCUGGAACGCCGUCUGGUUCCUUUACCAGGCCGUCAUGGUGCCACUGGUAAGCAUAUAUUGGCAAUGGAACAGUCCAUUCGUGUCGGAGUGGCAAAUGCAAAUCGAAGCUACCCUCACUUUGUUCGAUGCCAUGGAGGACUGGUCGCUGGCAGCUCGUCGCAGCCGCGAAGUUGUCCGGCGACUUUACGAGGCCCGACACCAGUGCUGUUACCAAAGUCCCCUGUCCUCGGCCGGGACUGAUCCAAGCAUGAUGCUAGGCGAUACGGGUCUGCACAUGUCCCCCAUAGAAUUGGACCUUGACGAUAUGGUAGGAAUGCUUGACCAGCAGGGCAUAUGGGACCUUGACGGGAUGUACUGGGGAGAGUCCCAAGACACAUUACCAGUAGAUAGCGAGAUGUACAAUAUGGGCAACGAUGGUAUGAUGCAGGUGGGCCAUGGUUCAAUUUCCUUGGAUGGGUCUAGCAUGGACAGCACAUUUUUGGUUCAAUAA